AUGCCGUUAUUCUCCAAUUUGAAAAAGGUGUUUCACAAGAGUGCCGUUGACACGAAACGCCAACAGACCAUUCACCACAUCCGAAAAAAUGCCAACCCCAAAGAUCUCUGGCAAAUUGUGGGAGAACUGGGCGACGGAGCAUUUGGCAAAGUCUACAAGGCACAGCAUAAGGAAAAACAGAUCCUUGCUGCAGCCAAGAUCUGUGAACUGGAGGACGAGGAAGAUCUCAGCGACUUUACCAUCGAGAUCGACAUCCUCAGCGAGUUAGGCAGGAAAUGCAUCACACUGAUAGAGUUUGCUCAGAUGGAGCCACCCCACCACGAGAUGUUGCCCAUGAGAGUUCUCCUCAAGAUUCAGAAAUCUGAGCCGCCAAAGCUGAAUCAGCCAGAGAAGUGGAGCCGCUCUUUCAAUGAGUUCAUCGCUUCAUGCCUUGUGAAAGAUCCGCAACAACGACCCACUGCUUCCAGAUUACUUGAACAUUCAUUCAUCAACCGGGUUCUGGAUUCCAAGUCCAUUCGGGAUCUACUUCUGGAGUAUAAGGCCGAGGUCGUAGAAGAAACAUUGGAAGAUGCAGAAGAUGCUCUGGAUGACGUGUCUGAAGGAGGCUUAAGUGGGUCCCAUUCUUCCCGAAACAGUUCGAUCAGCGCAUUAGGAACUGUGAAGUUAGAGGGCGUCCAAAACAACUCUGACAGUCCUAGCAUUGCUAGAAAAGAACCACACGUGCUCAUGAGAGUGAAAGCAAUUCAUAAGAGCAGUGUAAGUCUGGAUCGGCUUAGUCUUGAUUUUGAUAGUUCCUCAGAAUCAGGAUCCUUGAGACGAAGAGAGAAGAGACGUGCUCCUGCACCUCCUAUUCCAGUUUCACAAGUAGACUCCAAGAUGCCAACAAAUCCAGCUGAGAUAAAAUCUAGAAAGCCUGACAGCGAUGAAGGAAAGCUCUACGAUAAUCACGUCCUUCGCAAACAGGAACUGCGAGAGCUGAAAGUGCUUCAGGCGCAGGAGCAUAAGGAAUUCAGAGAUUUGGCACUUAGAGCCCAGUUGGCUCGAGAUCAGCUGGAAAGGAAAUUUGAGCAUGACAAGGCGACUUUGACCAGACAAUAUGACAUUGAACUGGAGAAUACGAUUCGAGCCCAAGAGAUGCAGGUAGAGAGAGCAGAGCAGCAACUGGAGACGGAUUUGAGACUGCAGUCAAGAAGGAUCCGGGCAGUGCAGGAAGUGGAAUUGAAGCAGUUCAUGGAAGGGCUAAAGCAUGAGAUGAAGCAGAUGAAACAGGAUGUAGAUCACAUGUCGAAAGACAAGCGAAAGGAAGCCAUGAAAACCAGGAAGGAUAACAUGGAGAAAGAUCAAGUCGAUCGAGAGAAGGCCUUCCUCGGAAAACUGAACGACAAGCACGAAAAAGCCAUGAAGACGAUCAAUGAGAAGCACCGUGAGAAAAUUGCCAACAUUAAGAAGCAGUUCCUGCAGAAAAAGCAGCAACUUCUCCGUAGCCGAGAGGCUGCGAUCUCGGAGCUGGAAGAGAAGCAUAUCCAUGAUAAGCAUCAGUUGGCCACGCAAGAGGACAAGGAUACCUUCCAUCUUCACAAACAGCAUAUGUUAGUCCGUCACAAAAAAGAAAUAGGUCAGGUGAAGCGUAUGAAUGUCAGAAGGGAAGAAAAACUUUUGAAGGCCCUGGAGAUCGAGAAACGUCAAUUGCCGAAGCGAAUCCGAGCCGAACGUGACGCACGGGAGACAAUGUAUCUUGAGAGUAGAAGAAUUUCAGGUGGCAACAUCCUGAAUUCCGAGCAAGAGAAAGAGCAUUUGAAAAGGUUUCAGGAGCAGGAGAACAAGCGAUACAAGGCGGAACAAGAGAGAUGGCGAUCGAAGCAGCUGCGGCAGUCGGAGGACACCCGUCAGGUAUCGGAAGCGGCCGUGAAGGAGCUGGAGAGCGCGCAGAACGAGAAGAGGCGUCUUCUCAUGGAGCACGAGAUGCAGAAGCUGAAGCAGCAGGAGGAGGAGUACAACCGAGAGCUGAGUGAAUGGCGAGCAUUGCUCAAGUCCCGCAAACAGCGACUCGAGGACGAGUUCGCAAAGCAGCUUGCCGAGCACGAGAAGUUCUAUGGAAUGUCAUUGCGAUCCAAUACACCCGCUGCGCAAACCGUUGAACUGCGAGUCCCCGACCGGCCUUCUUCCGGGUCGAGUGGGAGUUCCGCUCUCUCGCUCCAAAGUGAUUCGCUCAUUCCGUGA